GCGCUGAGCGACAUGAUCGGCUUCGGCAGCAUGGUCCUCGCCUCCGGGGCCACCGUGUUGUCGGGCUUCAUCGGCGAUCGCAUCGGUCGUUGCCUGCCCGGCCGGUGUCUUUUAAUUGUGAUCAGUUUCGCUUCCGCCUGGAACACCUUGAUCGUAUUCGGUUGGCUCUGGUCGGACAGGGCCAGUCUUUUCAUUAGCCAAAUGCUGCUUGCGAUAGGAGUCUUCGGUGGUGCUCCUCUCUGGUGA